UUUUAUUCUUCCUUCAGUGCUUUCGACGAUCGGCAGCAUGAAACUUCUCAGGUCAAGGAGUAUAUGUAUUGCUCGAAUAUUUGCGUUGAUAGGAGUUGCAUGUUUUCUGUUGACUUUCUGCACCAAUUCCUGGCUGGUGGUGCAAAUCGUUUGCUCACACGAUGAAGAAGAUAUUAACAUGAGAGAGAUAGGACAGCAGUUCACUCCAGUUGGGCGUGAGGGAGAACCCAAUGAAACUGAGGACCUUGGAAUGAAACCAACUCAAAUGUCAGUUCAAUUAAGCACAAAAAUACAAGAGCAUUUGAAUCAAAAUCGUAGGUCCAAAAGAUCGAAAAGUAGAAAAAGGUCAAGAAACCCCUUCCCAGGAGGCUGGUCUCUGUUAAGCAUGGCUGACGGUAAGAUUAUUUGUUAUGAGGGUUUCUUCUGGAACUGCAAAAUACUUACCCAUUCCGUUGAGGACAGCUAUGUCACAUAUAUGCUUUCUAAAAAACCUAUUUCAAAAAGCUGUGUAGAGGCCUUCCACACGCCAUUUCCUUUAAACCUGAACCUUAGCAAUCAUGCUUAUGCCUCUAAGAUUGGCUACCGUCACGCAUGGAGUGCAAUGAUGAUAAUUGCUGUACUGAUUAUUGGAAUUGGAUUUGCACUCAUCACUUAUGAAGGUUUCACUGGCAAAGACACCCUGCACCGAAUGGGAGGGCGAUUUUUCUUUCUUGCUGGUAUUUUGUUGAUCUGUUCCAUCAUUAUCUACAUCAUUUGGAUUCAGUCUCUAACAGAUCUGCAGUCCAAGAUCGCUGCGUCCAUGAACGUAUGUUCACAUUCAGUGAAUGUCAACACUCAAUAUGGCUGGUCUUUUCUGAUCACCCCUUUUGCAAUUGUGUCCUCCUUGAUUGCAGGUUAUCUCUUUCAUCAUAUUUGAGACCAAAGAUUGACCCAUGUUUGACAAGUGGUUAUACAGGUCUAUGUUCUGACAGUGUUCUGUUAUGCUCAUCUUCUCAGUAAAAUAAUAACUUGGCUCC